GCUUGCGCAAUAUGUUUUGCACGGCCCUGGCUGGUAGUGUCUGUUAAGUGUUGUUGUUGUCACAUUAAGGGGGGCGAAAGAAAGAAUUACCGAAGUUAUCACAACCCUGAGCCUGUCGCAUGAGGUUACUGGGUGAGCCCCUCCCUGCCAUGAGAGCUGACCACCAGGUCACCAGCACCCCCUCCUUCUGCAGUUGAUGGAUCUGCAGCUGGUCCAGAGAUGACAGACAGCGUCAGGGCCUUCCUCCGCAAUGUUGCGACGGGGAUCAAGGACUCCAUAUUGGGGAUUGGCACAAUCUCCAAGCUGGAUGCCCGCAUCCAGCAGAAAAGGGAAGAGCAGCGGAGGAGAAGGGCCAGCGGGGCCCUGGCACAGAGACGGGCACAGAGUGAGGAGCGCAAACCGGACAAUGACCCCAGAGUAGCCAGCAGGAUCUUUCAAUGCUGUGCCUGGAAUGGAGGAGUGUUCUGGCUCAGUCUGUUUCUCUUCUACCGGGUGUUUAUCCCACUGCUGCAGACUCUCACAGCAAAAAUCAUCGGUGACCCCUCCCUCCAUGGCAGUGUGUGGUCCUGGUUAGAGUUCAUCCUAACCUCCGUCUUCAGUGCUCUCUGGGUUCUCCCUCUGUUCGUCCUCAGCAAGAUAGUCAACGCCAUCUGGUUCCAGGAUAUAGCUGACCUUGCAUUCGAAGUGUCUGGAUGUAAAGCGCAGCCGUUCCCCAGCGUCAGUAAGAUCAUCGCAGACAUGCUCUUUAACCUCCUUCUCCAGGCACUCUUCCUCAUUCAGGGCAUGAUUGUUAGCCUGUUUCCCAUCGAUGCCAUUGGACAGAUGGUCAGCCUGCUCCACAUGUCUCUGCUCUACUCCCUGUACUGCUUUGAGUAUCGCUGGUUCAACCAUGGCAUUGAGAUGCACCAACGGCUGUCCAAUAUUGAGAGGAACUGGCCCUAUUACUUCGGCUUUGGUUUGCCCAUGGCCCUGCUGACUGCCCUGCCCUCCUCAUACAUCAUCAGUGGCUGCUUGUUUUCCAUCCUCUUCCCUCUGUUCAUCAUCAGCGCUAACGAGGCCAAGACGCCAACAAAGCUGUACCACUUCCAGCUACGUCUCUUCUCCCUGGUCGUGCUGAUCAGCAACAAGCUUUUCCACAAGACGGUCCACCUGCAGUCCUCUCUGACGUCGUCCGCCUCCUCUGAGAGGCUGUCGUCUCCCCACACCUCCCCGACCCGCCAGAGACCUCUGCCCAGCCAGUGACAGGUCCACCUCAAGGAGAUAGGAAAACAGGAACGCGUUUGAUGAGUGGCUGCACCCAAUGUGAUAAAGUGAUUCUUCCAGAAGGAUCUCCUUUAAUGAAGAUGAUGUGUGGUUUAGGAAGAAGGGUUUACAUGUUUUUAUCUGAUAUCUGUCCCCAUUUGCAGACACAUUUUUCAGUGUGACACAAAAAUCGACUGCCCCGUGCCUCACACUCAAAACACAUUAUAUACUCAGCUCUUGACUUGUUUUCUUUUGUGGAUUUACUUUUAAUUGUUGUUUUUUUUUGUUUGUUUUGUAUAAUGUGCCAUUUGAGUGACUCUCCUUUAAUAAAUUACAGCACAAGAAAUGGUGUAGUUUUAAUAUGUUGAAGCAAACUUGUGACUAAAAGGAUUUUUUAAACCGAAGGGCCUUGUUUGCAGAAGCGAAGCACAGUCUUGUUUUACCUACAGUUCAUGUUUUCUCAAUGUUGCAAGUCACAUUCCUUCCUCACAGAUUGAAUGUUUUGUUGCACAUGCAUAUGUCUUCUGUCAAAUGAUGGUGUCCUAGCAGUUCCAGGAAUAACCUUGUAUAGUUAAAAAAAAAAAAAAAAGGGAGACUUUUUUUAUCCUGUAAGAGCUUUGUUUUUAGUAGAAUAUAUAAAACAGUUCAGGAGCUGCUUAAAGAAAAGUAUUGGUGACCUUAGUUAUGGAAACCAAAUAACAAAAGUCACUCUGGUUAGCUUGGGGUCUCAUCCCAAAUUAAAGCUCACAACACUGUCUGAUGAGAUGUUGCAAAUCACAGGGUGACACCAGCAGAGGAGAAGCUGUGUGAAUUCAGUAGGUGAUAGGUGAGAUGACACUGCCAAACUGUUGCAUCUAUGUUUUGUUUAUUUCACUUCAGCCACUAAAAUGCUAAGCUCUGUAACAAAGGAAGGAGUCGCACACUUUAAGACUCUACAUCCUGACAAAUGGGUGAUCAGCCUUGACCUGCUUGCUCUAGUUUUCCCCCAUAGAGCUGAAGCAAAUAUAUACGGUCCCCGCAGAUCAUCGGCUGUUUGAUUUUACACGCUGUAUAUAAUGUUAAUACAUCCUGAAUGUUCAACCAGAAGUCCGCCACCAUGCAGCAACCCGGUCACCAGACUUUCUCUCACUCGUCAGAGGUCAUGGGGAGUGGGUCAUGAUUUUUGAAACGGUGUGCAAUCAUUGUAAGAAGAGCAUAGUGUUUGUGCAGACUGAUGUAUGUGAGUGAGGUUUUGUAAAAGUAAUACAUCUGAUUUCAAUAAAAUUGGUCAGUAUUCAGUA